AUGUCCGACCCCUUUGGCCCUCCCCAGGCCGGCGGCUUCCAACACGGUCAACAAGGCCAGCAAUUUGGUGGAUACAACCAGUCAAACCCGCAAGGUCACAGCGACUACUAUGGCGGCUAUCAGGGCCAACAGCAGCAGGGCGGUGGUCAGAACGAUGCGUACGCUCAGAACCAGGCAUGGAUGAACAACCAGGGCUCUCAACAGCAGGGCCAGCAGGGUACGCAGGCUUACCCGCAGACUGCACGCCAGAGCUCGGAUCCGAAUGCGCCCAACUAUGAUCCCUCGGCUCCUCCGAUGACUGAGUCGGAUCGUGGUCUACUGGGUGCGCUUGCUGGUGGUGCAGGUGGUGGGUUCUUGGGUCAUAAGGCUGGCCAUGGCUUUUUGGGCACGAUUGGUGGCGCCAUUAUGGGUUCGAUCACAGAGGACUUUGCCAAGAAGAAGAAGCAUGGUGGCAGCUCGUGGGGAGGGUCUGGCGGCUCGAGGUGGUAG